AUGUCAGAACGUGAUGAUGAGCCCGAACUCGACAAGGAGUCUUUCAGCUGUGAAACCCCCGAUCUGGAGGGAGGUCUAGCAGAGAAACAAGAUGUAUCGAAGCACGAUGAAUGGAACUGGGACGAAGAUCCUAGUAAUCCGUACAACUGGCCAACAAGAGUGAAGAUCCAACAGGUCGUGAUGAUUGGAGCUCUCGCAUUCACUACCUCGAUGGGAGUUUCGAUCCUUACACCAGCCCAUACUGAUUUCAUGGAGCAGUUCAAUGUCAGCAGUACCGUUGCCAUUCUGCCUCUAUCUCUGUAUGUCCUUGCUCUAGGCCUCGGUCCAGUGGUUGGAGGUCCUCUCUCUGAGACAGUUGGACGCUUGCCCGUAUUUGUCGGCACGACUAUAGUCGGAGGUCUCUUUACUUUGGGAAUUGGAUUUUGCAAAUCAUUCCCAGGAAUUUGCAUUCUCCGAUUCCUAGCUGGAUUUUGUCUUGCGCCAUCACUGGCAAUCUCCGCUGGUACAAUCAAUGAAACUUUCAAGCAAGAACACCGAGCGAUCCCAACGACCAUAUUCAUCUUGAUGCCCUUUUUAGGGCCAGGUUUAGGACCUGUUAUUGGGAGUUUUGUUGUGAACCGAAAAAGUUGGCCCUGGACACAAUGGACUCUAUUGUUCUUCCUCAUCUUUACUAUGAUCACCAUGCUAGGAUCUCGAGAGACCUUUCACCCCAUGAUCAAACGUCAGCGCAGCAAAGAACUAGGUAUUGAACCACUCCCAUCUCAACCACUUUCAUCCAAGAUCCAGCUCUUCGCAACGGUCGCGCUUCUCCGCCCGGUCCAAAUGCUUUUCACAGAGCCCAUUGUGGCUUUCACCUGCUUAUAUAUUGCAUGUGAAUUCGCUACUCUGUUUUCAUUCUUUGCGGCCAUCCCUCUCGUGUUCUCAGAGCUAUAUGGAUUCGGUCUAGAGGAUUCCGGCCUCGUUUUUCUGGCUAUAGUGGUUGGGUGUCUGCUCGGUGUUGUCACAGUAUUGGCAUGCGACGUCUUCAUCUAUCAGAAAAAAGCAGCACAGUUGAAAGGUCAACCUAUGCCUCCAGAAUUCCGUCUCUACCCAGCUCUAAUCGGGAGUAUUGGGUUACCAGUUGGGUUGUUUUGGUUUGCCUGGACAGCCAAAGCUAGCAUUUCGUGGGCCAGUCCUACCGUCGCCAUUAUGGUAUUUGCUUGGGGAAAUCUGUGUGUCUUCGUUACUACGUCACAGUAUAUUGUUGACACCUAUCAUGGGAUGACUGUGGCUAGUGCUUUCAGUGCGAAUAGUCUGGCCAGAUAUGUACUCGCAGCUGCCUUUCCACUGUUUACAAUCCAAAUGUAUACGAAUCUCGGUGUCGGCUGGGCGUCGAGCCUGCUUGGGUUUAUAGCACUUGGAUUGUUGCCCGUGCCUUGGGUCUUUUUCCUAUCAGGGAAGAAAUUAAGAUCCAUGAGUAAAUUUCAAAUGGCAUAA